AUGAAGGCUUAUACUAAGGCAUAUGAUCUUUGGGAAGUUGUUGAGAUGGGUAGAGAUCCUCCUCCUUUACCCAAUAAUCCAACACUUGCUCAAAUGAACAAUCAUAGCGAAGAACUUGUAAAAAAAUGCAAGGCUCUCUCUUGUAUUCAUUCGAGUACUUCAAAAACCAUCUUUGCAAGAAUCAUGGUUUGUGAUACAACCAAGGAAGCAUGGGUUAAGAUCAAAGAAGAGUUUCAAGGAAGUGAUAGGACUAGGCAAAUGCAAGUCCUAAACUUGAGAAGAGAGUUUGAGAUUUUAAGAAUGGAAGAAUCUGAAACUGUCAAAGAGUAUACUGACAGACUUAUGAACGUUGUAAAUCAAAUUCAAUUGCUUGGAGAAGACCUCAUCGACAAUAAAAUUAUUGAAAAAGUUCUUGUGAGUCUACCCAAGAGGUUUGAAGCUAAAAUCUCCUCUAUUGAAGGCUCCAAGGACCUCAUUCAACUCACCAUUUUAGAACUUGUUAACAUUUUUCAAGCUUUGGAGCAAAGAAGAGCUAUUAGACAAGAAGAUGCCAUUGAAGGUGCUUUUUAUGCCAAAUAUAAAAACAAAGGGCAAGCUUCUACAAGUAAUGAAGGACAGAAUUUUCAUGAUAAAAGGGAUCAAAAUAGAAGAGAAGGUGACAACAAAGAAAAUGAAAAAAGAGGCAGAUUUCUACCUUGUUCAACUUGCCAAAAAAACAACUCGCUUGGAGAAAAAAUUGUUAGAAGAAGGCCAAGUGCAGUAAUUAUAGCAAAAUUGGGCAUAUCGAUAAAUAUUGUAGAAAAAAAUGGCAUCAACAACACAACCAGCAUUCAAAAUUUGUAG